ACGCAACAUCGGCGACUUCGUGCGUAGAGCCGCGGCACUAUGCCGCCUGAAACAAAGCGCGCUAGCACAUGUGAUCUCGGUUUGUCGAUAUUGCUUGAACGGAUGGUCCGUUCAGCCUGCGUGCUGAGCUCCAACGCAUGUGGGGGUGUUGGGUAUGGGGGAGGUUGAGAUGUCCAGAUAUGCAACCACACAAUGCUUCUGCCGUUCCGCACGCUGAAGGAAAGGUUGGGCAUCAUCGCAUUGAUCUUGUCAUGUAGGGUAGACCGUACAGAUGACUUCCGACCUCUUCACCUUGGUCGGGAGGAGCCAGCGAAUCGGCCGCAUGCUGCGACUUGGCCUUUUGGUACACCGCCGACUUGCCGAUGACGAUGCCGGCAACCGACCUGGGCGUCGGAUGCCUCCCCGUACCUUCGGCCGCUGCCUCGGAGCAGGUUUCUCGAUCUUCUUCAGCUCACGGGUUUUGCAUGAUGUCAACCCGGCGCCAUGCCAACGAGUCCCGUUGUCGUUGCAUGAUACCUUUCUGGUCCGUAUCGGGUGGCGGAAACAGAGAAAUCUGUGCCAGCAGACGUUAGACCCGUACUUGUUGAUGCAUGCAUCAUUUCGGUCGGAAACCAACCAUUUCCUUGCGUUUGGGCCACGACGCUCGUCAAGACACGACACAACCACAACCUGUGCCAUUCCUUCCGACGGACCGCCCCGCAACGGCGGUACUACUCGGAGCCUUCAGGCAGCCAAUGAAUUUCUCCGUCUCGGCAAACACACUGCGGCUUUGACCCAAAGGUGCAGAUCACAGCCUCGGUUGAGUCAUCAAACCUACCUAUCGAUGUCUUGGGCGCCCUAUGUUCGAUUGACUUUCGGAUCCGGGCCCAGUUUGCGAGGGCUGACAUCGCCAGUGGCCGUUGGAGAUGAGUGUGACAGGACCUCAUAUUUGCCAACUGGGGAGAAGGCACAUGAUACACAUCCAUGCGAGGGCGCAUACGUGGAAAAGGCCUGCCUAUCAACGUCUUCAUCACACAACCGGUGAUUGUACGAUGCAGGAGCCAGGCACCCCGGGCAAAUGGCUGGUGAAAUCUGAUCCCGCGUCCCGGAUGCAUGAUGACGCCGGCGUCGUCGGGCAGUGUACAUC